AUGCGAGCUUUUUGUACCGUCAGCGCACCCUUAGAGGUUUGCGCACCACCUUCCCGACCUCUACCUCCGGGUACCAGAUUCCUAGCUUUAAAAUUAUUGGGAACGCCGCAGCCACGCACACUCUACUUCCUAGUCGAAGCAAAAAGUCGCGUACGCGAAGUAUACGCACAAACAUGCCAUCACUUCUCCAAGCAAGGCAUGCUGGACACGGAGCUGUUUGGGCUGGCCGUACUAAUAGAUGGCGAGUACCUGUUCGCCGAUCCCGAGAGCAAACUGUCCAAGUACGGACCAAAAAGCUGGCGUUCCUCGCACACUCAUGGCCUGGACGCCAACGGGAAACCUCUCCUGGAGCUACACUUUCGCGUGCAGUUCUACAUCGAGAGUCCGCUUAUGCUGCGUGAUGAAGUCUCACGGCACAACUACUAUCUGCAGCUGAAGUACAACGCGGUCAACCGGGACCUGCCGAAGGAGUGCUCCGAGCAGAGUCUGCUGCUGCUCGGUGGGCUUUCGUUGCAGGCCGAUCUCGGGGACAGCGUGCCGGAGGAUGCAGGAACACCAUUACCCGCCGCACCAUCGGUGAAAUCCAUCGCAACGUCCACCGCUACCGUGCCGGGGCAAUCCACCGCCAGUGCCGGACCGAAUGGGGGUGUUGUUGGGGUGGUGGCCAUUAACACCGGUAGCAUUACUGGCAGUAGUAGCAGCACUAGCAGCAGUAGUAACAGCAGUACCACCAGCAACAGCAGUGCCACCAGCAACAACUCCAGCACCACGUCAGCCUCUUCGCCUAAUCCUUCGGGUGGUUCUUCAUCGGCGUCGUCCACAUCGACGGCACCAUCAUCAUCCCCCGCUGUGGCCGGCGCCAUUUUGAAUGCUUCCGUCGUUGGUACAUCCUCCACAGCAAACGAGGGUGGAAGCGGUGCUGGUAGCGGAUCUCCCUCGGUGGAAUAUUUCCGCCCGGACGAAUACCUCAAUCCGGCGCUCCGUUCAGCCUGGGGCAUCUCGGCCGUCACCACGUGCCACCGGGAAAACCGUGGCCUUUCGCGGGCCGAUGCCGAAACGCACUACAUCCGCGAGGCGUGCAACCUGAACGAAGCGAUCAACGCGCACAUCUUCCGCAUGAAGCAGUCGAAGAACGAGACCGGUCACGGUACGGUGUCGCUCAGCAUCUACGCCAAGGGCAUCCGGAUUGCUACGGACGGUAGCUCGACGGCCACCACCUUCCACUGGCCGCACAUUGGCAAGCUGAGCUUCGAUCGGAAAAAGUUCGAGAUCCGGUCCGGCGACAGCAAGAUCACGCUCUACUCCACCAACGACGACAAGAACAAGAUGAUACUGGCACUGUGCCGCGAGACGCAUCAGUUCUCGAUGAAGAUCGCACCACGGCUGACGGAGGCGAUCAAGCGCGAGGAGGAGGAAAGCAGCUGCAUCCACGGCUAUCCGUAUCUGUACUCGCGCGCCUUGAACCUCCCUUACAAGAGCAAAAGCGAUCAGCGCAUCUCGGUAAUCUCGAGUACGAGCUCCAACACCACCUCGGGCAUCGUGAGUGACCGCGUCCAUUCGGAGGACGAGCUGGAGAUCAUGAUCAAUACACCGCCGACGGCAACGCUCGCCGCACCCUCGACGGAAAGUCUCGCCCUGGCGCAUCUACUCGACUGCCCGAGUGUGUCCCGCCAGACGUCGUCCGUUGGGCAGGUAUCCUUGAAGGAGCUGGAGGGUACGUUCGCGGCCCUUUCCGUCGGCCGACCGACGAACCUGUGUGCCGCCAACAGUAACAGCGCGAGCAGCGAUAAUGGUAGCGUCGAGGGCAAACCGGACCGCCCUGGGAAGGACUGUGAUUCGUCACCUUCCUCGCAGCACAAUAUCGGAUCGCAGUGUUCGUCGACCUGCAGCACCGUUGUGGUGGCCACGGAUUGUCUCAGUCUGCCGCAAAGUUCGACCGCAACCAGCACCACGACGCUGAGCAAUGGGGCGGUAGGACAGUCGACGAUAAGUCCCGACCGCCGGCAAACGUCCACCUGCAGCAGCUUGGUGUUGGGCUUUAGCCACACGGCGCAGAACAGUACGCUGAGUGUGGCGACCAGCACCUGUCUGGAGCAUGACAUCAACGAGGAGGAGGAAGAAUCGCACUCCGGGGUGUACACGAUCGCGCACGUACCGCCGACCGAAACGAGUGGCGUGUACACGAUGAACAGCAGCGAACUCACGGGCCAGUCGUCGGAGAUCGCGGAGUCGGAAUCGCACGAAAGCUCCCACUACGGGAGCUUCCAGCCGUGCCGGAGCGAGAUGGCGGAUCCGCUGGAACCGGUCGAUUCGGUCGAUGGGGAUUAUCAUCGGCCGCGGCUCGACAGUGGCCUGAACAGCGAGUUCCGGAUGCGGUCGGACUCGAACGUGAGUGCGGCGGGAUCGUUCCGUGGCGAUGGUAGCGAUCCGACGGACAACAAGCAUUCCCUGCUGAGUGCCGAAGAGUUGACCGAUUUGAUCGUCGGUCGCGGGACGUACCCAUCGCGCAAAACCGUCAGCCACACGCUCGAUUCGGACUGUGACUACGUGACGCUGCCGCUUCCGCUCGAGGGUGAAAGUUACCUGCAGGGCAGCGAAGACACGGCUCCCACCGAGGACGAGUACGACGACGAGGUGCUACCGCCGGCCCCCCCAAAACGCAUCGACAGCAACAUGGCGGCCACGGUCGGUCCGUCGCGACCACCGCAGCUACUGCAGCAGGUGGAACCACCGGCUGGUGGUGGAGCACCACCACCACCACCACCGUACAACGCGCAUCACGAAACGACCGGACUGCGGGGUCCGGACAUUCGGGCACAGGCCACCCCGGACCCGGAAGCGCCCGCGAUCCCACUGCGUGAUCCACCGCCCUACCCCCAGAAACCGAUCGCGAUGCGCAAGAGUCCGGUGAUGCCGGUGAUGACACCCAUCCUAACGGCUGCCCCCGUGUCGGAGGAAGUGCCGGCCAGGUUUAUCACAACCCGGCCACAGAUCAACAUCCUGAAGGCGCAUGCCAGCGUCGUGGGGGAAACGCCGAAGCCGAGCUACGCCGCCCCGACCGUCAACAACAUUGGCAACCUCUCGCAGGCAACACCUCCGCCACCGCCCCCACCCGUACCGUCGGGUGCGGUCGGCAUGCCGGCGUACAAUUUGCAUGCCAACCACCAAGCCAUAACCUCGCCACCGCCACCGUACCCGGAGAUGCCGAAACCGCCCCAACAUCGGACGACCGCCUGCGUGCUGCUGCCCGUCAUCAAACCCCGCCAAUACCACCCACCACCUCCGCCAACGAUCCCGCGGCAACCGCCACCGCCCCCGCCACCGCACUCGCUGGCCACGGUUUACACGAGCCAGCUGGCGCGGUCGCAGAUCGAGCUGUACCAGCAGCAGCUGUACAGUGACGUGGACUACGUGAUCUACCCGAUACAGGACCCGUCCAUCAGCCAGCAGGAGUACCUGGACGCGAAGCAGGGCUCCAUCCUGGCGGCCAUGGCCCAGAGUCCGCCACCGCCGCCCUACCUCGCCUACCACACCGUGCGGGCCCACAACCGGAGCUGGGAUGCGUGCAAAAACCAUGCGAUCUAUCGCAGCACGCCCUACCUGUCGAUGGCGCUCUCGUCCAACUCCCGGUACGCCUCGACCCAGAACCUCUCCGACACGUACGUCCAGCUCCCGGGCGCCUACUCCCCGCUGUACAGUCCCUCGGUCGCGAGUCUCUGCUCCUCGUACGAGCCUCCACCACCGCCGCCGCUGCGUCCACGGCCGAUGGUGUCCGCCAAGGUGGGCACCUCCGCCCUGCCGUCGAACGGUGGCCAUAUGUCGACCGGUCCAUCGCCCGCCCUGUUUGCGCGGUCCCGCUCGGACGACAACAUCCUCAACUCGAUCGAAAGCACACCGAAGAUACGGCGCCAUCCGCCACCGCCGCCACCACCGCCAUACGAAAGCAAGAAAGCCAUCCGCAAGCCACCGCUUCCGCUACCGACGCCGCCAUCGCCGAUGGAGAAGAUCCUGCCGAAACCACCGGUUGCCAUCCCGUCGCCGGUUGCGUUCAAUCCCGAACGUCCACCGGAAGUGCCAGCCAAACCAACACCACCGAAACCGAGCGGUCCAAGCGCUAAGCUGCAGGCACAGAUCAAGAAGCAAUAUCCCGACUUUGACAUGAGCACGGUGGCAUCGAUGACGGACCCGUCGCCGAACGAUCACACCUCGAUCGACAUCAAGACACUGCGCGAGAAGAGCAAAAAUCUCGACCUCCCGCUUAUAUCGGCGCUCAUGCACGAUCGAUCGCUGCUUAGGCAGACGCGCGCCUUCGUCCUGCCGAAGCACCCGAAAACGAAUGGGUCCCUCGGUAUGCAGAAGGGUGUAUCGGGCGGUACCGGCGGUACAGUGCCGGGUACGGCCACCAUCAACGGGGAAUCGCCGAACGGCAACGGUGGCUCACCGCCCGGUAGCAAUCCAUCGUCCAAAGCGAAGUAUCCCGUGUCCGGACUGUCGACAACGCAGCUGGCCAAACCCCGCAAGACAUCCGCCAGCCAUCGACAUCCGAACGACAAGCUGCCCCCGCUGCCGGGUCAAACGGGUCCAACGGCUGAGGGCAACAACUACGUCAUGGAUCCAACGCCGACACCGAUCAAACAGAAAAGCUUCAGCUCCUCCCAACCCAGUGCCUGAUGAGGAGUAGGACGGCAUUUCUUUCUCCCACCGACCACCAUCUCUCUGCAAAUGCUAUUAUGGCCUAGCCCAUAUUUUCAGGCAAAUCUUCACUCUGGAUGCAGUAUUUGUAGUAUUUAUAUUCGUUCGCCAUCACUAUUUAUCCCCUAGGCUACUGGCCCUAGGUUAGUGUCUUUUCCGAGACAUCUUCAAACGCGGCACUCACUUUCACCGUAAUGAGCUCGGGUUGCAUAAUGGGGCGUCGUGAAGGUAGAAAAAGGAAACAGAAAUCGGAAAAACUACUGUAGGACUGUGGACGUGCGCGGUAUGUUCGGCAAAUUACUCAGGAUUAUUAAUCUCGUUUUCUUCGUUUAGUACUUUUUAAUUUUGAUUAUUCACGCGUAGAGAGCGUAAUGCGGAAUGCGAGUAAGGAACGCGUCUCCGUAUCGUACUUUGUUUUUAUAAAACUUUUAGCGGUAGUAUUUUAACUAUGUGUACUGUAAAUAGAAUAGAAGGAACCGUAAAAAAACACAAACACACAAAUGGGAAGACGAAUCCGUUCUGCUGUGGUUGUAUGACGUGUUUGUGUGUGGAAUGGUAAAAAUAAAAAUAGUUAGACAGGUGCCAAGGUUCGGAUCGAACGGAAUACGUUGCCAGAAAAUGGAAGCAUAUCCAAAAUAAUGUUACACAAAGCAAACGGCAGACAGGUAGGUGUGAAGAGGUGAAAGCGCAUAAGCAAAAAGGCAGUCUCUUAAGUACUAACUUUUACGGAGAACAAGACUAAUUUAGUGCCUAGAGAGAACAAAAGAAAAACAAGCGGACUGAUCUUGCUAUCUAUCGGAUGUAAAAGGAAAAAGGGAAAAACGAAUCGUAAAAAACAACCGUGAUCAAAUUUUACUGAGAAAGGAAAAAAAGUAAUGAAACACAAACAUUGCAACAACAUUAGAAAAAAUGCAAAAUUAAAUCAUUUUUGCUUAUGUUUUCGUACGUUUAUUAUCCAUCUAAAAUGAAAAGGGUUCUAAUUUAUCCAGGUCUCACUAUUAUGUUGUUUUUCUGUUUUUAUUUUCAUUUAUAAUAUUUUGUCGAAAAUAUUGCAUACCUUUUUUUGGCAUUAGUUUAUCAAAAUUAGUACAUCGAAUUGUUUUAGCUCUUUUUUUUUUGUAAAACGAAACAAAAAAAUUAACACAGAGCUACAGCUGCUCGAUACAUUUACAUUUAGAUAUUUAGUACUCGCUUUAUGUUUUGCUCAAAUAUGCCAACGUAUGGUUGGCCUUCAUUUUUACAAACAAAAAAAAACUUGGUUUUUGGAAAAGAAAAAGUCGAUGAAAACGAAUGUAUAAAUAGGUUUGAAUUUCUUUGGUUUUUUUUUUUUUUGGUAUGAGGGAACACAUAACACACAGUUGCAAAACUAUAAACCCGAACUCUCGCACUCGGGAACAUGCGCGAAGGAAAAGAAACAGGAGCCAGGAGCGUUGUGCGGUUCGAUCGUAUAUAAGAACUUGUUAAGUGACUAGCGGUACUACUGAUAGGUUUUAAUAGCUAUUUAAUCGUGUUUUUUUUUUCUUCUGUUUUCACGUACACGUGCACGGUCCGCUCCCAACACACCUAGGAUUGGGAACGCUUCCCAACGCCGGGAGGAGCGCAUUUAGGUUUAGGCAAGCAAACGGGCAACUCUCUCUCUCUCUUACCGGUUCGGUUAGCUUCUUCAUCCAUUCCUAAAAGGCAGAUUUGGUUGUUAGGGCGUUAGAUAGUUAGACGAUACGAGUUAGGGAGGUUCGGAUAUAGAGAAAUAUAAAUAUAUAUCACGUGGCGCCAGCUUAACAGCACCCGCACAUCGAACUCUUCUUCAUCGACAAACGUUGCGAGUCAAGAUCGGGGUUUUGGGUGCGUUCGUGGUGUUACAGG